ACUGCCGGCCUAUUCCCACAGCUCUGAGUGGGGCGGCUGCUCCCGGUUGUUUCCUCGGCCGGGACAAGCGAAGAGACACGGGGCUUGGACACCCCUAGCGAAGAAGGCUUGUACCGUCCGCUGUCUUGCCGCCUAGGAGUUUACAAGACACGGGACACCACACGGGACACUGAAACAGAGUUGCUGGCAGGAACAGAGAGGGGCUGGCCCUAAAACGAAAAGCUCCCGCCUUGGAGUCGGGCGAAGCUCUCCCUGUCUCUCUGUUAGACUGUACUGGCGGGCCGGCCCUCUCUUGGCAGGGAACGACUGCCGCCGCCGCCUUUGCCUCUCUCGCCUGUUCUCUCCUCCCCGCCCCGUCCCCACUCCAGCGCGCUCUGUGGGCGCCCUCUUCGUUGCGCGGAGGGGACAGGAAAAAGAGGCAGCCGGAGGGUGGAGGAAGGAGGAGGGUCGGAUUUGAAGAGCGCCCCAGGAUGGGAGAGGGAGUCGCCUCGGCGGCGGGUAUCUUUCACAACGCUAGAAGAUUUGGAUCAUUUUUGCUUCUGCGCAGUGUCUGAAACUCAAGAGCAAAUUUGGACGACGUAUUCAAGAGAAUUAUUUCUUUCGAUUUUUGGGGGUUGAAAUUCUGCAUUUUACAUAAAAUAUUUAUUAAGACUGGAUAAAGGAGGCACAAUACUUCUGGUCUGAGAUACAGUAUUUCAGUAUCUCAGUACAUUAAUGAAAUGUGAACAAUUUGCUUUAAAUAAGCCUUGGACAUUACACUGAUCAUGUUACCUUUUUCAGACAUCUGUCCUAGACUGAUUGACUGUAGAAGCUUUUUUGACAUAAAAUCAUGAGAAUGGAUUGCUCUUACAGAACUGGGACAUUUUCAUCACAGUGGUAAUUCUCUCUGUGUGUGCAUGUGUGUUUGUGUGAUCUGAAAGCAGAUAACGUGAUUGUUGUCUUAGUUCAGUUCACAGUGUAUUUAAAGUUCAAAUUAUGGCAGCAACCUAUAGGCGUGUAGUAACAAAGGUGAAUUGUUACAAUAGUGUUGUGAUAGAUUGCCAGCUUCAACAUGCUGUGCAUUACUGCACCGGGGCAUGCCAGACAUUCAAACAAGGAAUUAUGUGCAUAGUAGCUCACCACAGUGUUUGUGCAGAGCUAAUUCAGGUCCCCACCCACAAUCACAGAAGUCCAGAUCUGACCCAUAGGCUUUCAGUGCCUGAAAAUUCCCUUGCUUUGACUGAGGAUGAAAUCCUUCCUAGUAAUCCAAGAUUCAAAAAAGGGUGUUCAGUUCAGAGCACUGGCAGUCUGAAGGAUAUUACUGGAGAAGCUAUAAAUCUUGCUAGUGGGAAAAUAAAAGAAUUUUCAUUUGAAAAACUUAAAACCCCUUCCAAUCAGGUAAGCUAUAGAAAGGGAAGAAAAGUCAAGUCAGAUUCAUUCAGUAGAAGAUCACUGGAUUUUGACUUGAUAUAUGGGCAUUUCAGCAACGAUGAAAAUUCUCCCCCUCCAUUUGGCCUGUCACGUAAUUCCUCACCUGAAAAAUGGCACAUGAGAAGCAUCUCAGUAGAGGAAAAUUCUACGGUUACAUCACUUGUGCAGACUUUCUCGGAGGACAAUUUUAUUACACAGAUUUUAGAAAAGCACAAGCUGGAUGGUUCUUCCAGUGGCGAUAUUAAGAUGUGUUUGGACAUCUUGCUGAAAUGCUCAGAGGACUUGAAGAAGUGUACUGAUAUAAUAAAGCAGUGCAUCAGGAAGAAAUCUUCUGGUGUUAUUAGUGGAGGAAAUGAAAAUGAUUCCUUGGCCAGUUCUGAAAUUAUCUAUAGGAAUUUAAUGACAAGAUUUUCUUCUUACCUUAAAAAACUACCUUUUGAACUUAGACAGCCUGGGUUCACUGAGCCUGGUGACAUGGUAGAACUGAUUAACAGUUUGUCUGCUUUUCAGCAAUCCAGUUUCUCCCCAAUAUUUAGCAAUGAAGAGCCACCUAGAUAUGAGGAUGUUGUAUCUUCCCCCUCCUCUAUGACAGGGCCGCUGUUUCUUACAGACUUACAAGGUAACCUGAAUAGCACUGAUGAAAAUUCAUUGGCAAAAUCCACCCAAGUUCACACUGUAAAUGUUUCCUCAAGUGCUUUGCAUGUCAGCAACCAGGACAACUUGAGAUCUAAAAAUGAUGCUUGUACACUACCUCAGUUAUUAUCUAUAAAUCCUCCAGAUUGCAUUUCCCCCAGAGAAGCUCUACACAUUGUAGAAGAAUCAGAUAGAGAAAAGGUAUUAGGAAGUGUAUCAAGUAGUAAGACUAGAGGCAUACAGGAAAAUUCUGAGAACACUCAUCAAAAUGCUGAAAGGACAGUUUCUGUUGUAGAUCCUACUAAAACAUCACUUGCCUUAGCACAUCCUCUUACAUUGGCCCAAGCCUCCAACCUAACAGCCUCCCCAAGUCAAGGCUUUGAUUGUACUGUUCAGACUUCUAAAGAACAAUAUAGAAAAAACAAUCAAGAAGAGAUAGAUAAGCUUCUGAUGGAUUUGGAACAUUUUUCUCAGAAAAUGGAGGCUACUCUGAGAGACACUAGUAUUAAGCAGAGUGAUCCUUCUUGUUUAAAGACUGUUAGUCCAUCUGUUGACAAUAAAGGGAAAGUUUGUUCAACUGCAGACAGAAGUGCUUCUUCCUCAUUAUCAAAACUUAUAGAAAGCAACGGUCAUAAAAUGGAGGAAGAAGAUAAAACCCUCUUGUUGCGUAUCCUGGAGAGUAUUGAAGAUUUUGCUCAGGAACUAGUAGAAUUCCGGAUGGGCAAAGGAAGCUUAUCAAAAGAAAAAGAAGUAAUGCACAUUCUUCAAGAAACAUUGGCCAUUCCCUCCAUAACAACUAUCCAGCAGAGCUGUACAAGCCCAGCUACCAAAGAACCCAUACCAGCACUAAUUCAACAGAUGCCAGAAGUUAUCAAAGUACAAAAUAAACAAGAGAAGAAAUCUGCGUCUCCGUCCCCAACUCCUGUAAAUUCAACAGUCAGCCCACAGUCACUUGUGCCCACAAGUAAAGUAACUGCUAGUGCCCCUUUGUCUGUAAACAUUCCGCGAUUCUACUUCCCCAGUGGACUCCCUAAUGUCUGCAACAGUCAUGAGGAAACCAUUGCCAAGGUUGAGGCAGCCUUUGCAGAGUUUGAAGAUGAAAGAGUCCCCCUGAAUGAAAUGGGGAAAAUUGCAAAGAUAUGCUGCUGCCCCCUGUAUUGGAAAGCUCCCAUGUUCAAUGCAUCAGGAGGAGAGCGAACGGGAUUUGUCUCUGUACAUUCAUUUGUGGCCAUGUGGAGAAAGAUAUUGCACAACUGCCAUGAUGAUGCAUCGAAAUUCAUUUGCCUUUUAGCAAAGCCCAACUAUAACUAUUUGGAACAAGAAGAUUUCAUCCCAUUACUGCAGGAUGUAGUGGAAACUCAUCCUGGACUGACAUUUCUAAAGGAUGCUCCAGAAUUCCAUUCCCGUUAUAUUACUACGGUCAUUCAGAGAAUAUUUUACACAGUCAAUAGAUCAUGGUCUGGAAAAAUAUCUCUAACAGAACUGAAGAAAAGUAAUUUUCUGCAGACUUUAGCCCUCUUGGAGGAAGAAGAAGACAUAAAUCAAAUAACUGAUUAUUUUUCUUAUGAACACUUCUAUGUUAUUUAUUGUAAAUUUUGGGAAUUGGACACUGACCAUGAUCUGUACAUUAGCCAGAAAGAUCUGGCUAGAUACAAUGAUCAAGCUCUUUCAAGCAGGAUUAUAGAGAGAAUAUUCAGUGGAGCUGUGCUUAGAGGAAUUCAAGUACACAAAGAAAACCAGAUGAGUUAUGCAGACUUUGUGUGGCUUUUGAUCUCUGAAGAAGACAAAAGAACACCUACAAGUAUUGAAUACUGGUUCCGAUGCAUGGAUUUAGAUGGGGAUGGCAUGCUGUCCAUGUAUGAACUGGAGUAUUUUUAUGAGGAACAGUGUGAGCGGAUGGAAUCUAUGGGCAUUGAACCACUGCCAUUCCAUGACUUACUCUGUCAAAUGCUUGAUCUGGUAAAGCCAGAAUUUGAAGGAAGAGUAACUCUUCGAGACUUGAAGAAAUGCAAAAUGGCUCACAUAUUUUAUAAUACAUUUUUUAAUCUGGAAAAAUAUCUGGAUAAUGAGCAACGGGAUCCCUUUGCUGUGCAAAAGGAUGUUGAAAAUGAUGGUCCUGAACCCUCUGACUGGGACAGAUAUGCUGCUGAAGAGUAUGAAAUUCUUGUUGCAGAAGAGUCUGGCAAUGAACAGUUGCAAGAAGGAUCAUUUGAUGAUGACUAUGAAACAGAUGAACUGUUAUCUCUACCUGAAAUUGGAGAAAAGUCAGACAAAUUAGUUAUAUCAGAUCUUUCACCAUAAAAUAUAUUGGACAUAUUUCAUUAAUGCCUGUGUCAGUACAGAAUGGAAGAGUCUUCUGUUCUAAAUUUCAGGAAUUAAUGUUAUCUUUGAAGACACAACCAGCUUUUGAAACAGUACAACAGAUUUUUUAAAAAUGAAUUACUUGCUUCUGCUCGAUGAUAACUUCCAAAACUUCAGCAGUGUGAGUGUAACUAUGCAGAAAUAAAUGCAAAAACUAGCUGUAAUCCAGCACACCUAGUAGACACCGGGUUGUGGGAAGAAAGGUUUACUGCAGCCAACAAAAAAGCACAAAAAUGGUCAAACAGAAGCUAUUUUUGCGAAAAACCCCAAUACAUAAAACAAAUUCAGUAGAUUCUUUGUACCUUGUUUCAUGGAUUAUUCCCCUUCUUUUUCUGCUUAGAAACUUUGUCAUCACGUUCCUCCUUAUCCAUCUGCAUAAUUAUGGCAGAUAUUUCAUAACUUUUUGAUGGAUUCACUAACUGUGGCGGUCUUUCCAAAAGUAUUUCCAAAUUAAUUCUGGACUGUGUAAUUUAAGUAUUAUAGAAUAAGAACUAACAGGAUGAUUAUUAAUUAAUAUGGGGUUUCAACUGUCUAUUUUGACCUGCCAUAAAGUCUUUGUUGUUUUAGACUUAUUCAAAAAAGAAAAGGACAGGCUAUGUGGUUUUCUUUCCUGUUAGAAGGAACUUAGCUAAUAGGGCUUUUCCACACAAACCAUGUGAUCCCUGGUUACAUGUUUCACCUUAACGAAGGUUAUAGUCCUAUAGAUCUCUGUGGAGAACAAGCAAAUGAUACUAUUUCUUAAGAUCACAUAAUCAAGUAGAUGCUGAAUAAGAGUAACUAAUAUUUCACCAAGAGGUAGCUGUUCAUUGUACUAUUCAUUCAGCUGUCUUUAAUUUUAAAUUUUCCUAAAGUAUUUCUGAAAAAUAAUUCCUUUAGUGCAGGUGUAUAUGGGAAUUAUGUGGUGCUUCAAUUUAGGUAGACUGCAUUUCCUGUGACUUCCUACGACUGGAUAAAACUGAUGGCAACUGCCACCUCUUAACAUCCAAAGGCUACAUGUUUCCCUUCCCUGUUAUAGUAGUUCGUGAACAAGGGAAUAUACUGGUCCAAAAUUUAAACAAAAAAAUCCUUCCAAAUAGCGACAUUUGUUAUACAGAUGCAAAGUCUGCAUAGAAAAUAAGUGGAUUCUUCCCUCUCUCAAAAUUGCAACACUCGAUCUUGCUUGUAGUUCUCAUUUUUUAAAAAAGAAAGAAGGGUAAAUUAGACUCCCCAGUUGAACAGAUAGGAAACAUACAAUGGCAUAUUCAAAUUUUUUUUAAAAUGUCAAAGAACAGCCUAGGCAUUAGAAAGGGAGGAGCAUCACUGCAUGACUUAGACCUCAAGUUUUACCAGUGGGCAAUACUUGCAUGGUAGAGUUCCACCAACUGAAGUUUGUUUAAUCAAGCACAUUUUCCCGAUAAUUGAAAUGCCGUAGUUUGAAAGUUAGGAAGAUGUAAUACCUCCAAAACAGACAUUGAAAAAUUGUGACAACUUUAAAUUACAAAUAAGAUAUAAUUGUAUGUUAUACAAAAACCCCAAUGAUCCUGAAAGGCCCUUUUAUUGAACACUCUUGUAAACUCUUGCUACUUGAUGAACUAUAUUUACAGUCGUCUGUAAACUCCCAAUACUAAAAUUUGUAAGAGUGUUAACUGUCCCAAAUGAUGUUGCAUCACCUUUAAAUGCCAGGAAAUGGACAGGUUUGUAGUUAGAUGUUCUUAUUGGCAUUUUAUUUUUACUUGCAUUUAGUUCAGGCAAAGCAUAUUUUAGGAUUAACUACUGAAUUCUUUGAAACCAAUUGUGACUUCCAUCCCAGGCCAGAAACAUAAUUAGAGCUGAGAACAUAUUAAUGAUUUGGAUAAGUGAUAGAGACAGCCUUUUAGUGUACGUACAUUAAAUCAGACUUCAGAUGAAUCUAAGUCCUAAAGCCCAAACAAAGUAAAUUUGUUAUGAUCUCACUGCUGAGAGAAAUGUGUGUUAGAAAACGUGGAUACUUUGAUAAAUUAAAAAUUUUCCAUUUCCAUUCAUGAGCAAUCUCUUUGAAGCUCCUUUAAUAAGAAUAUUAUUUGUGCUGGUGAAUCAGUAGCAAAUGUUUACUGUGUCCUAAAGAAUCUUGCUUUCUUUUGAAUAGCAGUCCUUUAUGAAUCCCAUAACAAAGUCUGUUCAAAUCAUAUUCAUUAUCUUGCAGUCACCUGUGAGAAAUAUACUACAGCAAUGUCAUAGACUUUUGAACUAAAUAAAAGACAGCAUAAACAAUUUAACUUACCUUGUUGAAGAGGUAAAAUUGCGUGCAAAGAUGUUUCCAGAACCUAUUCUUAGAGUCUCACCAGAUAAUAUACUGAUUCUAUAUCUAGAAGCAAUGCACCCAUAACAGGAAAAGGGCUGGUUACUUACCUGUGACUCUGUGAAUUUACACACAUGGAUUUUUUGCCUGUACAGAGCACCCAAGCUCAACAGCCUUAAGACAAAAAUUGUCCUCCCCUACUCCUAAUAUGCAAGUACUAAUUGUCACUAAUGGUCCCCUCAGUCCUGCCCACCAGUCAAGGAGCAAAAGAGAGCACUCCAGAACUUUAUUCUACUUUCUGCUUUCUAAAAAUAGUAAGUAGCCUACCUCCUUCUUUGUUCAUAAGUUGUUUUAUUCUUAUUCCUCUCCACCCUGAAAAAAUGUUAGUUUCUCUACAAGUUUAUGCCUUCUGUUGAUCUAUUUAAAAGGUGUACUGUCUGCAGCACUAAAAUACCUCACAUAGACACUUGGGGUGUCUUUUUUGUUGUUGUUUAGCAGGUCAUCAGCCACAGAGGUAAUCAAUUUGUAGGAGGUUUGUGAACAUAUUUUAUUAAAGGGGAAGAAAAGCCGAUCAACAAUCAAACUUUACC